CAAAUAACUGUUCCGUUUCCCACAUUUUACUGCAUCGAAAGUGCAUGAACCCGCCCCUUUUCUGUACUCCCCUCUUCGACCUUGAGACAUUAUGAAUGCAGAUACUACUGCUCGAUUUCGACCAGCUUUGUAUGCGCUAAUGCGAUUUUGACACUUCGUGACAACCGGUGGAAACUUGAGAUCAAAAAACUGAUAAUAAUAUGGAAGAAAAAUUUGAAUUUCCUGUUUAUUUAGAACAGACGGGUGAAAUGAGAGUGUUACUGUUAACAUCCGAUGAAAAACAAAGAGCCCUAGAUGAUGAAUCAUAUUUAUGGAAAUUGAUAAGAAACCAAACCGAAGAUGUGAAUGAGGAUGAUAAUGAUACUAAUGAUAGUAUCAUGAUUGUUGAAGGUGAAGAACAGGAUGGAAAUAAUGAUGGCAAAGCAGAAAAAAACGAGUGGUCAGAAGAAGCUGUCCUUCUAUUUUUGGACAUAUAUAGAAAAAAUGAGGCAAAUUUCAAGAAGUCUAAGAGACACAAUAAAAUUUGGCAAGAAAUUGCAAAUGAAAUUAAUGUUCAUAAUGAAUCAUAUCAUUAUUCAGGGUUACAAUGUUCUACCAAAAUGUCAGGUUUGAAAAGGACAUUCAAGAAUAUAAAAGAUCAGAAUAAGAAAUCUGGGAAUCAUAGGUCAACUUGGGCCUUUUACUCCAUUAUGGACUCAUUAUUUGGAGCAAAAGCAUUCAUGGAGCCACAAGCUAUUGCAAGUAGCGCAGGUCCCUCAAAGCCAUCUUCAGCAUGUGAAGUUUCCUCAUGCCCUGAUAGUGCUGCUGAUGCCUGUGCUUCUAGUGGUGGUGUAGGAAUUAAAAAAAGAAAAGUGGAGCUUGUUUUGGAAAGUUUCAUUGAACAUGUCAAAACUGAAAGUGAAACUAGAACACGUAAAAUGGAAGAAUAUCAAAAAAAGAGAGAUGAGGAGAGAAGACAAAGGGAAAAAGAGAAAAAUGAGUUGAAAGAAAGGAUGCACAAAGAAAACCUGCAUUUCAAGAAUGCAUUGUUAUCUGUUUUACAAAAACAAAUACAGAAAUAAUUCAAUUUUCAUAUGCUCAAGUUGUAUUUUCCUAAUUAGAACAAUGAAGUUAUAUUUUAAGUUUCUAUGUUACCAUUCCAUGACAUAAUUUUAGUUUUUUAAAAUGUUGGUGAUUAAAACAAUGUUCUGA